CUUCAAUUAAAGAAUAAUGAAAAUUUUCGCUUUAAUUUUCGUAUAAUUCAAUCUUCCCUCCUUAUUUUCAAGCUCAUUCUUUUGGGCUUAUCGACAUUGCCGCCACUUCUCUCUAGUUGACUCUCUCGGAAUUCAAACUUCAAAGGUUGCUGGAAGGAUUGUGGUAGUAGAGCAUCACCGUGGAGAUUCGGAAAUGACAGACACCGAUAGAGGAACACAAAGAGACAGGGAUUCAGCUUUUUACCUGUUCACUCAGCAGAAUCUUCCAGCUUGCAAACCUGUCCUUACUCCAGAAUGGGUCUUUAUGACAUUUUUGUUUAUAGGUUUCAUUUUCAUUCCUGUUGGCCUUGUUACUCUGCGAGCUUCUCAUAGUGUUGUUGAAAUCGUGGAACGAUAUGAUAUAGGAUGUGUACCUGAGCCAUUUAGAAUCAAUAAGGUUUCAUAUAUCCAGGAUGACUCAAUUCCCAAGAAUUGUUCUCUUUCUUUCAAGGUGCCCAAGUACAUGAAAGCUCCAAUUUACAUUUACUAUCAGCUUGAUAAUUAUUAUCAGAACCACCGUCGGUAUGUCAAAAGCAGAAGCGACAAGCAACUCUUACACGGACAGAACCAACAUGGCAUAAGUUCAUGUCAACCUGUAGAGGUCAACAAUGAUCGGCCUAUCAUUCCUUGUGGGUUAAUAGCAUGGAGUUUAUUUAAUGAUACAUUUACAUUUAUCCGUAAUAGAGCAGAACUGAAGGUCAACAGGAAGAACAUUGCCUGGAAGAGUGACCGGGAACACAAAUUUGGAAAGAAUGUAUAUCCUUUCAAUUUCCAAAAUGGUACACUGAUUGGUGGUGGGAAGCUGAACCCAAGAAUUCCUCUAAGCGAUCAGGAGGAUCUUAUUGUAUGGAUGCGUACAUCUGCCCUCCCUAGCUUCCGAAAAUUGUAUGGGAGAAUCGAAAAGGAUUUAGAUGUGGAUGAUGUUGUAGUGGUCCACCUAAUGAACAACUACAACACAUACAGUUUUGGUGGUAAAAAGAAGCUAGUUCUUUCAACAACAAGCUGGUUGGGGGGAAAGAAUGACUUCCUUGGUCUUGCAUAUGUCUUUAUCGGUUCUUCUUCGGUUACCAUUGCCGUUGUUUUCACGCUUCUACAUCUACUGUCUCAAAGGCAUUAAGAAGACACGUGUUAUUUACCAUGGAACUGAACAAACCAUUCAGGGUGAUUCGACUGAUGAAAUUCCGACUGACAUUCUAAACUCCAAAACAGCUAGUGAUUUCAAACCAUAAUCCGGUAAAUCAUUUAGGCUAUUCCCUUUCUGAAUUAGUUACAAAGAAGCUUGUUAUACAUGUUAAUAGAUCAAUAAAAGGAAUAUUUUCAGGACAGUGCUAUAUGUUGUGACAAGUGAAUGCAAAAUAGAUAACUCUCUUUGAA